AGACAUGAUCAUCAACAGAGUUUAUGUUCGGGCAAUCAGAUGACAUGAGUCCUUAGAUUCUGCCAUGUCCACUUCAAAAACACAAGGUAGCAAAUGGGCUGGUGAGGCAUCAACAAAUGUCUUCUACUUUGCAAGUUUGAAGGAGAUAAAGUGGAAAGUGUUUGAGAGCCCCAAUAUCUCCCUAUCUAUAGAGCCAAAUCACCCUGUCAUAUCAACCUGUCGUAGACUGUUUCAUGCAAACAGACUUGUUACGUGGCAUCUUGGGAGAAACGGUUUGCAGCUCUGGCUCUUUUACUGGCCCACUGAUGAUCUGGAUCUUAAAUCAAUCAAUUUGCUGAAAGAAGUUCAGCAAGGUGUGUGGGAUAACGGUUUACCGGGGGAAUGUCUCUCUCACCUUUACAAAGCAGUACACCAACACUUCGAACGUGCCUUUUUCAAGACGGGAUACGCUAGAGUUGGGAAGUAUUUUGUGAAGGCUGAUGGGACAUAUCAGCGGUCCUUCCAAAUUGGAUUUUUCAUACACGGCGGUCAUCACCUGUGUUCCAGCAUUGAGUUGAAAGACAAAUUGCAAGUUCAUUACCUGAAGAAAAGCAAUCUCGAUAACGUUCAGAAAUUGAAAGUGGUGUUGAUGCCGAUAGGCAUAGAGUGCAGUUUGACGGGCCACUGGCUGAGUCACAUGACCUCAAUGGAUACCCUGACUGAACUUGAGGAUGUGUUUCCAGCAUACCAGAUCGACAGGAAUGAUCCCAACAAUUGCCACAAGAUGUUCCUAGUUGAGACUGAGAUAAGUGGUCACACCAUGUUGUACCCUGCCUCUCAUGUUCUCAUCGUCAACGACGUCCUACCUCCUAAAUCGCUUGAAGGAACGUUGAAGACACUGAAUGACGAGGUGGGUGGGAUUGUGAGCACUGAGGGAGAAGUGACGUCAGCAAGCACAACAGCAGAUAACUCUCGUGAUCCGGGGAACCAGCAGGCUGUGUGGCGAGAAAACGGAUACUGGAACUACGAACCCCCACCUGACAAUCUCAAGUGUGCUAAACAUGCUACCGGGUCUCGUAGCACGGUUGUGGAGUCGAGUGUAAGCAUUACAAAGCGGGCCCGAGCCAGUGUUCACAAGAAAAGACUGCAAAGAACCGCAUACAAGUCCAACUUAGAACGGAACAAAUACAGAGACGAUAAAAGUCCUGUCAUCAACCUUACAACCACACUCCCUAUUAAAACAAACAGAGUGCCCGCUAGUGACACGCCUAUGCCUGCUGCCAAGACGACCGAGCCGUUGCCAAGGUUACAGCCGGUCGUCAGGACGGAUUUCAUGUUGCCCCCAGUGAACAUGGUGGAAUCGUUUGACUCUCAACCCCUGACUAUUGAGUGUGUGGAGAACACGGCCUGCAGAGAUGAGUCCAAACAUCUAAUGGAUCAGAUCCCCGGGAUGCUACUCUCGCAAGGGCUCUACAAACUACCACUCUCCACGGUGCGGCGCCCUCUUCCCACUUCAUCCUACAACAGACCGGUAGUGCCAGUACCACUUCACCGGUCUGAGGAGCUCAAACGCGGCCCCGCAGUAGUCACUCCUGCUGCCGCUGCUGAGUCACCCGUCAAGAAACCUAAACUCGAGUUGAAAGUUGAACCUGCGGACGUUUUCGCUGGCUCCAACGCGAGUGUAGUGAAGGUGGAACAGCAAACACCCCUAACACCGACUAACAACACCAACAACACUAACUAACAACACCCGCGACAGAG